AUAAUUUACGCCGCUGUGACAGCUGUCAGUGAAUGGUUCUAAAUUUGUGUGUUUGGGUUUUUCUUGGAAUUCCACGAGAAAUUGUUCUUUUGCGGAGAAUUUUGAACUGCAUAAAGUUACAUUUGCCCAUGACCGGACACUGGUGGAUACGUGUGACGGCACCAUUGCGAGAAAUUGUGAGAAUUCACAGCGAGCGAGAGAGGUCAAAUGUGAGGCAGGAUCUGCGGAGUGUAGUGUAGCUGAGGGGCAAUAUUUAUCCUGUUUUCCCGCGUCCAGAGGGAGAAGCAGUGGCUUUUCCGCAGCGGAAGAUCUCGGGAGUGCGCUGCUGACUCGGAGACCAGAACACACACACCUCAAGGCGUAAUGAUCACCGACAGUCUGUUCGGGAAUGCCAUCAAGCGGGAGCGCGAGGGCGCCGCGGAGAAGAUGUCUGGCAGCCUGCUGCCCAUGGAGGAUCUCACGAAGCCCGUGUUCACGGUGGUGGACUUGGGGAAGAUGCUGCUGAUCAGUGCCAAGGAGGGUAAUACGGCUCAAGUGCGCGAGCUGAUGACUAAGGGCGCUCCGUUCAGCACCGACUGGCUGGGCACUUCUCCGCUGCAUCUCGCCGCCAUGAACAACCACCUCGAAACAUGCCAGGUGCUGCUGAAGGCGGGCCUCAACAAGGACGCCCGCACGAAGGUGGACCGCACGCCGCUGCACUUCGCCGUGUACGAGGGCCACAAGCACAUCGUGGAGCUGCUGGUGAGCAAUCAGUGCGACAUCGACGCCAGGGACAUGCUGAGGAUGAGUCCACUUCACUGGGCAGUGGAGAAGAGACACAAGAAGAUCGUGGAUAUUCUGCUGCGACAUGGCGCGGAUCCCAAUGCCGAGUCCAAGUUCCGCAAGACGCCCAUCAGCAUGGCGCUGGAGAAUGGGUACAAUGACAUCUACCUGAUGCUGGACUCCGCGUACAGGGAGCGCCUGGAGAAUCCCGAGCAGCUGCAGCGCGCCACGAACAGCAUUGCUCAGGAGCUGCGACAGACCGACGAUGUGGCAAAGAUCGCGCCAGCUGGAGAGAUGGAGGAGAUCGAGGACACACACUCGCCGCCGAUCAACUCCAGUUCUAUCGACGAGGACAAUGGAAUGACGCUGAGUGACGCCAUAAUCCGUUUGCAGACAAUAGAUGAUGCGCGAAUAAACCCAUCGUCGACGCUGCAAAUGCUGAAGGAUCACGGGAUUUCGAUGCUGCCCACGGAAGACACGGAGAAUGCAUUUAUCUCGUCGGCUCUGCAGGGCGGACGGAAGAUCGUCCUGUCGGAAGCGGGCAAGCUGAUGCUGAACGAGAGCAAGGCCAGGCGAACGACAUCACACAUCGCGCCGGCCACGAGCAGUGGACAGACGCCGCGCAGUGUCAACAUGAUGAGCAUAUCGGCGACGUCGGUGAAGCCGCUCAAGUCGGGCGCCAACAAAGUCAUCAAGAUCGUGACGGCGGAGGAGUUCAAGCGGAUCCUGGCGGGAGAUCUCAGUGCCACGAAGAAAGUGCAAUUAAAGUCGAAUGGAUCGGUGUUGCCGGCGAAGCACAGGAGAAACAUGGUGGUCAGCAAGAGGCCGGAACUUCUGCCCGCCGCGACGGACAUUUUCGCAGAGAAUGAGAGCAGUAAAGUGAAACCCCCGCAAGUGCCAAAUCUGCUGGACAUUCACGCCGAGGGUCCAUUGGAGAGUGACAUGGAGCCGGACGACUAUGCGCCAGACCUGUCCGUCUUCCCCGCCGCCGUGGCGAAGGGCCAUAUGGACAGUCCCAACACGAGCAUGGGCUUGUCGGAGAUCGAGAAGCAGUUGCUGGACCUGAAGAAGCAGACGGAGGAGCUGCGAAGGCAGCUGGAGAUAUCGCAGAGGCAGAACGAGGAGUAUAAAGUGCGACUGGAGAAGCUGGAGCAGGAGAAGGAGGUCGAGAGACGACACAAUCUGUCCAGAUCGCAUAACUCAUAA